AUGAGUAGCAACGGCUUCGCAAGCCAUAGCCCCCCCGUCAACGGGGGUUCGCCGCCCGGAGACGCCUCGAACAAGCGAAAAGACGGCCCCGACGGUGCACCGCAGCAAAGAGCCAAGAGGAACCGGUACAUUUCAAUCGCGUGCAACGAGUGCAAGAGGCGUAAGAUUAAAUGCAAUGGGCAGACGCCGUGCCAGCGGUGCGGAAACCUCCAACUGGAAUGUCUCUAUGCGCCGAACUGCUGCAACAAUUUCAAAGAUACCGAUGACUUCAAACGAAUGGAUGCGCAUAUAGCGUCGUUGCAAGCACAAGUCGACACCCUCUUCAACAACCUAAGCAGCCUCCGUAACCAUGUCGAAACCGGUACAAUAUCCUCGAAUGCCUCGCCGUUCCCAAACGAGCAAUACCCACGCUCCCUGUCCAUCUCUCAGGCCUCUGGUACUGGUGCGCCGCCCAAUGGUCGAGCCAACCAGCCCGCGAAGCAUCCCCGAUUUCACGGCCCCACAAGCUCGGCAUUCAACUUUGGAGUCGCCAAAACAAGUCUACAGAGUAUGGGGAUCACUGGACCAGACGAUGCCGGCGAAGACAGUGCAUUCACUACGGACCCUACACCCAUGGGCAGCCCGCCGCUUCCACCGUUGGCGCCGCCCCCAAGCGCUCAUGUGGACCAGCCAGUGCUACACACGUCGAAGGACCCCAUGUGGGCGAUGAACAAGGACGAGGCUGUUCGGCUGUGCCAUGUAUGGCAUGAAGAAAUGGGCUUGAUGUAUCCGGUUUUGGAGAUUCGGCAAAUCACACAGCAUACGACCCUCCUCUAUACUUUCAUGGAGGCUGCACACAGGACAAGGCUUGUUGAAAUAUCCCUUCCUGGUGCUGAUACGAUUAGUGACGAGCGAACUAUUAUCCUCAAACUCGUGCUCGCUACUGCGCUGAUACUCGAGGGCAGUGGCAAGUGUGAGCUGGGCACGGCCAUGUUUGACAGCGUCCGGUCAAAGGUCGAAGGCGUCUUGCUGGCACCUGUUAGUGUAGCCGGUAUUCAAAUGCUCGCAAUCAGCGCCAUGUAUCAUUUCCACAAGGAUGAAGAGGCAAUGGCAUGGCGCAUCAUUGGGCUCGCGGCACGUUUAUGUAUGGAACUUGGCCUACACCGCCGCGAAACUUACAAUGCCAUUUUUGCCGAAGAGGAUGAGCGCUCUGCUGCAAUCCGGCUGUUCUGGUCUGUCUAUGUCCUGGAUAGGAGGUGGAGUUUCGGCACGGGUAUGCCGUUGGCUUUUGAGGAUGCAGAUAUCGAUCCUCAGCUACCAAAACCGGACAACUCGACGCCUUAUCUAAACUGCAUGGUUACGUACAGCAACCUCGGAUCCAAAGUGUGGAAGUCCGUGGCAAACAGCGACAACUCAUCCAUCAGCAAAGAAGAGAUUGGCUACCUUGAUUACCAGAUCAUCCAGUGGCAUCGCUCCAUACCGACUGCCCUUAAAUACGUCCAUCCAUCUUCCAACAAUCCUCAAGAUCGCCAACCAGUCACUCGCAGCAUACACCGCUUCCGCAUCCUCCUCUACCUCCGGGCAAAUCAGAUGCGGAUACUGCUCUAUCGUCCCGUGCUACACACAGCAACCUCGAUCAUGGAAGACAUGAACUCGGCGCAAACCGUCGUAGACGUAGCCAAAGACACCAUCAACGUGCUGACGCACACGAACCAAACAACCGACAUCUACCGCAGCCACCAAGUCAUGUUCAACUACUUCCUAAUCUCCGCGCUCGCCGUCCUCUUCCUCGCCGUCUCGCACGCCCCAGCCCAAUUCAGCGAAUCCUGCCGCGACGAGUUCUACAUGGCGCUGGAGCUCGUGCGCGGCUUAUCCGCAAACUCGUACGUCAGCAAGCGCCUAUGGCGCACGAUCAAGGUCCUGAAAGAGGUCGGCCCCAAGCUGGGCCUUAACGUGCGGGGCGCGUACCAAGGCAACGGCACCACCGUCGACCCCAGCGACCCGCACUCGUCGGCCGCGGUCGCCAUGGCCGGCCUCGCGGGCCAUCCGAUGGACGAAAUGGUGCUGUUCGGCAGCAGCGCCGGCGGCGCGCGGGGCCCCGCAAACGGCAGCGGUACGACGCAGGGCGCCAGCGCCAGCGGCAACAUCCCGCCGGCUGCGUCGGCUGCUGCAAGCUCCUCUGCGGUGGCGGCGGCGACAGCGGCGUCCGCGACGGCGCCGCACCAUGGCGACAGCCCGAACGGCAUGGCGAAUGAUUUGACGAGCUUGUUUGAGGCGGCGGGCGGCUUCUCGGCCAGCACGGGGUUUGCGCCGCAGAAUGGGUAUUUGGUGAGUGCGAGUGGCGGGGAGGGAGGGCCGAAUGCGGGGGCGGAGAUGAUCCAGAGUGUGUUUGGGCAGGAGGAUGAGCUGGCGAGGAUUUUGAGGGAUCUGUUUUAGGUGUGUAGGGGCGAAGCUUGUGUGUGUGUGUAUGGAAGGGAGUUGAGUGAGUUUGCUUGAUGGUUUGGUGGAUUUGGUUUGUGAGCUGCUUGCAAUUUUAGAUACCAUUAGGUGCUUUGCUAAGUUAGGACUAUUUCAGAUUUGGGUCUUUACUUGUUGAGUGGUGUUUAAUUCGGCAUUGAUUAUGCUUGAUAUCGUGGCACUGAGGGCGUAAAACUCAUUAUAUACGCACGCAUUCCCAUACCCACAGACCCACUCACUACACAUCUUUCACCCAAGCCUCCCUCACCUCCUCGGCAAACUCAUCAAACGUAACCGGCUUCUUGCCCGUAACCCUCAGCACGGCGUCGCCCUCGCGCGCCUCGACCCCUUUUGCGGCAUCGGCUUCCAGGUCGGUGAGGAAGCGCGCAAAGUGCUCCUCGAGUCCGAAGCCCAUGAGCUGCUGCUUGCGCUCCUCGGGGCUGAGCUUCACGUGCGUGAUUGGGCGGCCCAGGGCC